GUUUGUCUUGUUUUUGCAAGAAGGUGGACGUAACUACUCCAAACUAUCUUAACUCCUCAACAAUAGAAGGUAUAUUGUGAAUACAGCGAGCUAAAUGAAGGGCGCGCCUGUCAGUGUACAUUAAGUUAAAGCUGAAAUGGCAAACAUUAAAGAGUACGUCGAUAAACUGACUCGUGUUUAUGAGCGAUACACGGAGUAUGUGAGGAGAAACCCAGCCGCUACAGCGCAGCUGGAGAGCACGGUGCGGACCCUCUCCUACCUGAUAGCAGGGCGAUUUGCAGAGUCCCAUGAAAUAUCUGAACUAGUGUACUCGGCCUCCAAUCUCUUGGUGCUCUUCAACGACAGUAUUCUGCGCAAAGGGCGGAGAUGUGCCUUCCCUGUGUCUCUCUCCCAGCAGAGACUCCUCAACUGGCUGUCCGUGUUGGAGCAUGUGGAGGUUUUCCUGGAGAUGGGGGCCUGCAAGCUGUGGGGGGACGUCGGCCGCUGGCUGGUGAUUGGACUCAUUCAGAUUUUUAAGGCAAUUUUUCGCCUCAUCCUACUUCUGUGGUACAAAUCCGGCAUCCAGACUUCACCUCCCAUAAUCCCCCUCGACAGAAGUGCAGAAUUUGUCGGUGAAGAAGACGUUAACAGGGAGCAGCAAGAUGACGCCUGCUUUGUGGGUCAGAGGUCAGGACGAGUUAUCAGGCCACUGGGCAGCGCGCCCGGCCUGCAGGCCCGGCUGUGGGGAGCGCCGAGCCAGAAGAAGAGGAGCAGCUCAAGUGAGGAGAAGCUCCACAGCACACCAACGCAGCUGGGGCUCCAGGAGACCCUGGCUGAGUCCGUGUACAUCGGACGGCCACUCGUACACUUACUCUGCCUCGGACUCUGUGGAAAACACUCGUGGAAGCCGUGGCUCAUCUCUGGAGUCCUCGAACUCUCCAGUUUCGCGGUGCUCAGUGACAGGAAAUUCCAGAAUCGAUGGGAGAAGGCCGAGAUGAGGAGGAGAACCUUUCUUUUGCUGUACUACUUUCUGCGGUCACCCUUCUACGACAAAUACUCAGAGGAGAAGAUUCUCUUCCUGCUCCGACUGCUGGCCGAUCACGUCCCAGGAAUAGGCCUCGUUGCACGCCCUCUGAUGGAUUACCUCCCCACCUGGCAGAAGAUCUACUUCUACAACUGGGGAUAAAGCCUGCUGGACGUGCUCGCACCUUUGACGUCUGCAAGUCAAAGAAAAGGGCAACGUUGAGAAAGGGUCGUCGGACCCGGGGACAGAGACGCUUGCUGUAAUUCCCCACGAAUCAGAUAAAACGAUGUGGAAACGAUGACCACUUGGAACAGCGAGGACUUUCUUAGUGACAAAACGUCUUGAUUUAGAAGGCUACUCCAGAAAUAAAGCCAACUGUUUUUGUCUUUUCCCCCUCCAGGUUUAAUUACCUUGUUUUUCACUCUACAACACACAGGUGGGACUGAUGCGAAGUGUGUCGGAGAUCUUCAUUCUUUGAGUUGACGAUUCACGCCAUUGUCUGUACUGUGAAGCGUUUGGUUUUUGCAUUGAUAGCUUGUAUUAUACGAGGCCAAAUAUUUUUGUGAGCAAUUCCAUUCCAUUGUCUCGAAGCCCUCGGCUCGGUGUUCAAUUCUGUCGAGAUGAGCGCCCUCGUUUGUCGACAACUGCUGCCGCAGGGCAGGAGUCUGUACGACAACGUCUGAAGCACACGACUAGAGUGACGACAAUAAUCGAGUAGUCUUUCAAAUUCCCCGUUGUUGGAGUUUUCAUGCAGAAAUGAGCUGUACGAUGCCAGUGGAAAACAGAUUAAUAAUGAAUAAUGUGAGACGGCCAAAACAGAUUAAAGGCCUUGUGUGUGUAUGAAAGCUGGAGUCAAUGACGAGAACAAGCCAGAGGUUUUGAAUCUUUAUUAAUUUACUGAAUAGGUUUUUUUUUUUUUUUAGCCUACAAAUAAAUAGUCAAAUGUUUCAUCCUGUCAGUUCAUGUUUGUUACUUUUUUUGCAGAGUUUUAUCACAGGUGGAAUAUACACAGGCAUGGCCACACUAGGAUCCAUUAAAGAUAAUUACUAACAGGUUUCCAGA